AUCAAAGUAUUACUUCGUAUUACUUCGUAUUUCUCCUUCUCUCAUCCUUACAACUUCUCCUUGUUCUCGACCUCUUGCUGCGAAUAAACACUUCUUUGGGAGAUAAACAAGAAAGACUCAGAACACGGCCGAGCUACUCCUGUCCAGAACUUUUGACUGAUACCCAACAAAAUCACAGCCAUGGCUACACCGACUUCACCAGCCCAGCUCGAUGAGCUCGUCCGGACUCGUGUAGACAAGCCCAUUUCUCCAGAAGUUCUCUUACCUAUUCUCUCUUCUGCACCCUUCAUCCCCAGCAAGACGCUCAUCAACGCCCGUGAUAUCGGCGCUGUGCCCGGCAGCAAGAUUCCCUCUGGGCGCAUCUUCCGCUGCGGCACUCUAGAGUACGCCAGCCAUGAUCCCGACACCGUGGCCUGGAUCAAGGCCAACGUCCGCCACAUCUACGACCUUCGCAAGCCACUCGAACGAGAACACGGCCCUGACCCCGAGAUUGAGGGAGUUGAGAAUGUCUGGUUCCCUGGGUCGCAAGAGUACAAGACGCCGAGCUUGGAGGAUUUCGCCAAGGGGGACGGCAGUGCCGCCUGGAAGGACCAGUACAUGGCGGUUGCUCUCACCUAUGCGCCGACAUACAAGGCGGUCCUAGAACACAUCAGAGAUAGUCCCGCGGAGCCAUUUCUCUUUCACUGCACAGCCGGCCGUGACCGCACUGGAGUUCUCGCCGGCCUUCUCCACCACCUCGCCGGCACGGCGACUGACGAUGCAGUUCGUGACUACAUGCUUUCCCGAAUCGGUACCGAAGUCGCUCGCGAGAAGCUUCUAAGAUUCGCCAUGGAUAGCGUUGGCACCAACGAUAUGGAGGUACCAGGCUUCUACAACCUCGUUGAGCUGCGGCCGCAGUACUGGACUGCCUUUGUCGGGGGUCUCGAAGAGCAGUUUGGUGGCUGGGACGGCUACGUGACCAAGGUUCUGGGGCUGUCAGAGGAAGAUCUUAUUACUGUGAAGAAGAACAUUCGUUCUUGAGGUUUUGCUAUGAUGACGAGAGAAGAAGUGGCAGUUAUCAAUCUGUUUUGCAUUGUUGUUUGUGAUACCAUAGACGUUUGAUGACGUUGAAGAUGGCUAUGCUGAGAGCUUCGACUGUUGAAUAUCCAAUCCCGUCUUGAAGCAUCCAAAUUUCCUAUUACAGAAAAGCCUCUCACGUUCGGUGAAAAUAUUUAUCCGUAUUUAUUAAGGUACGCCAGCAAGCGGAGGACAGAAAAACCGAGACCGGGAAGAUUUCAAAC